AUGCCGUCGGCCACGUCGUCUGGGACUGACUCAGGAGGCUCAGGAAAAUCCCGAGACCACAACCAAGGCAACCAGGACCGCAAGUACACACCUGAGCAAAAGGCGGCUGUAAUCCGGAUACGAAAAUGCAGCGCAACGGCAUUCUACGAGAUCUUGGCGGUAGAAAAGACAGCAACCGACAGCGAGAUCAAGAAGGCGUAUAGAAAACUGAGUUUGGUCACACAUCCUGAUAAGAACGGGUAUGAAGGGGCGGACGAGGCAUUUAAGAUGGUCUCGCGCGCCUUCCAGGUUCUGUCGGAUUCGGAGAAGAGGGCAAGGUAUGAUAAGUUUGGCGGGGAUCCGGAUAGUAGGUUCCAGCCGAGCAGCGGCCCUGCAGGUGCUUCACCGUUUGGUGGCGGAUUUUCUGGGGGCGGCUUCCCUCGGGGAGGUGGAGGGUUUGAAGCGGAGAUAUCUCCUGAGGAGCUGUUCAACCGGUUUUUCAACGGUGGUCCGCAGUUCGUUUUCAACAUGGGAGGUGGGCCGGGCUUUAGGGUUCAUCAAUUUGGAGGGACUCAACCUCGAAGACGGCCUCGCGCCGAUGCACAGCCCGAGCCCACGCCAUCUGCCGCAUCUGUAUUUCGGCAGCUCCUGCCUCUGAUCCUCCUAUUCCUGCUUCCUCUACUUUCGUCGCUCUUCUCUAGUGGCCCUGCCCCAUCUGGGCCAUCAUAUCGAUUCGACCCUAUUCCCCCUCAUACGCAGCAACGAACAACUCCAGAGAUCAAAAUAGACUACUUCCUUAACCCGAAAGACGUGAGCGACUUCAGUUCCCGAGAGUUUCGCAAACUGGACAAGCAGGUGGAAGUUGAUUAUGUCAAGAAGCUCCGUUAUGAGUGUGAGGGCGAAAUUCUCGCCCGGGAUCGCAUGAUCCAGGAUGCGCAGGGCUGGUUCUUCCCAGACGUAGAGAAGAUUAAGGAGGCGAAAGCGAUGGAGCUCAAGAGUUGUCGGCGGUUAGAAUCUCUACCGCUGAAGAGGAAGUACUAA